CUGUGCCAGCAGGCAGAGCCCACAGCACCCAGAGGGCUCAGCAGUGCAGAGCUCCAAGCCCUGCUCCCCAGCCAAGAGCACCAAAAUGGGGCAGAGCCCCUGGGAGCAGCUCCAUCUGGCCCUUGUCCUUCUGCUCCUGAGUCUGGGGUCCACUGUGGCAGGAGAUGCCCCCCACAGCUGCUAUGGGAUUCCAGGCCUGCCAGGCCUGCCAGGGAUGCCAGGCAAGGAUGGCAGGGAUGGACUGAAGGGAGCCAAAGGCGAGCCAGGUGUCCCUGCAAUGCAAGGGCUCAAGGGCACGAAAGGAGAACCAGGCAGCCCUGGCUUGCCAGGCCAGCCAGGCCCCAUGGGCUUGCAGGGUCCCCCUGGAGCACCUGGCUUUUUGGGAGCACCAGGGGCACCAGGCUUGCCAGGCAGCUACAAGCAGAAGCUGCUGUCAGCCUUUUCAGUGAAGAGGCAGAGCAGGGAGCACCCCCCGAGGAACCUCCCCGUGGUCUUCAGCCAGGUCCUCACCAACACCAACCACGACUACAACACCACCACGGGCACCUUCACCUGCAGGCUCCCCGGCCUCUACUACUUUGUCUUCCACGCCUCCCUGACAGCCAACCUGUGUGUGAGCCUGCACAGGGGCGAGAGGAAGGCUGCCAGCUUCUGCGACCACAAGAGCAACGCGCUGCAGGUCAGCUCCGGCGGCGCCCUGCUGCGCCUGGCCGCGGGCAGCCAGGUCUGGCUGGCGGUCAACGACUACGACGGCAUGGUGGGCACCAGCUACUCUGACAGCAUCUUCUCGGGGUUCCUGCUCUUCCCAGACUAG